AUGACCAUCAAAUUUGCAACCAAUGCAUUUGACGAGAAUAAUUUCUUCUAUCUCAGUGAGAAUACUUCUCUAGAGAAUUUGACCCUAGUUCAUAUUGUACAUCAUAUUUGUUCAAUUGCACUUUCAAACUUCUCGUCCGAUCAAUUCUGGUGGAUGCUUUUAUUUGAACCUUUAUCUAUGAAAGACAAGUAUUUACCAAGCAUCACCGAUGACGCCAGAAGUCAAGUCAUUAACACAAUCAAUAAUAGUGGUGGCAUUAUUAACUGGUACAGAUGCUCAAAGGGUCAUGUCUACUUUAUUGAUUUAUGUGGCCUUCCUUUGGAGCAAGCUCAAUGCCCAGAAUGUGGACUUCCAAUUGGAGGCUCUGAUCAUGUUCCUCACUAUUCCAACGAUAAGAUCAAACAUGAGGAGGAUUUGGCACCAACAGGUUAUGCUGUUUAUGAAUACUUUAAAGAAAGAGAUUUGAAAGCAACUGUUCGUUCAUUAUCACCACUUGCCUUCAGAGUGGUCAGACUGAUCAUACAUUCAUUGCUCAUCACUGGCUCCUCUCUAUUCCCAGAAAGGGAAGAGGAGUACAAGGCACUCUUCCACAAAUCAAUGGAUACAUCAUCCAUAACCAAUCUUCAUGAAUAUCUAUUGUCACAUAUUAGAAACGAUUGGAGUAUUAUUGUUGAACUAUUGGGAGAAAAUAAUGAAGAGAAGGCAAGCGUAUUAUUGUUCAAUAUUUUAGAGCUGUUCAGUUAUUCAUCAAAACAAAUGGAACUCAAGAGAAAAUCCAAUACAAAACAACCUGGAGUUGCUUCGAGAGAUUUGUCUACCAAGUCUGGAAGAAACGCAUGGGAAAAUCACUUCAAUGGUUGUGUGUCUAUGGUGGUUGAAAAUGCUACAAAGAAGUAUCAAUUAUAUUUCAAACAAUUAGACAAUUUCCAAAAGAGAAGUCAUGAUCCUGUCACUAAUGUAUUACUAUUCUCACCAGAGUCAACCUCACAGCCAAUAUUGCCUCUCACAGAUCCUAUUAGUCAGUUAUGGAAUAUUAAGGUACCGAUCACCUAUGAACAGUUUAAGCUUGCCUUUAUCAAUGACAGAGUAGAGCAGAAAUAUCCAAUUUUGAAUCUCUUUAUUCAGAAUGAGCCAAUGCUCUACGCCACAAGAUACAUUCCUCAUGUGAUCAAGUGGCAAAAAUUGAUCAUGUCCACUUUUCUCGAAGAAUAG